GUGAGCACCAGCCGGGAGCGGAAGGCGGUGUUUCGCAGCUCACGGCUCCUGCAGCUGGCCAUUCCAAUCUCUUGGGACUUUGGCUCGUCUUACCCGCCUAACGCCUGGCAGGGGCUGUCCGGCGAUGCAGCUCGGCCGCUUUCCACGAGGAACUUAGCCCGUCACGCUUGCCGCCCGGAUGGAACCGCCGGAAUGCUCUAAAGUCUCCAGUGAAUAUUGAAUUGCUGAGAAAUUUGGGAGAAGACAAGCUGAAGUUUCCAUUCCAUGGAUCCCUUGGGUGCACCUUCCCAGUUUGUGGAUGUGGACACACUGCCAAGCUGGGGGAACUCUUGUGAAGAUCAAUUAAAUGCUUCUGAGAUUGCAGCUGAAACAUACCAGGAAGAGACUAUUAGAUCACCUUUUCUUUAUGAUAAGGAUAUCAAUGGAAAAGUGGUUCUUUGGAAAGGAGAUGUGGCAUUACUGAACUGUACGGCUAUUGUGAAUACCAGCAAUGAAAGUCUUACGGAUAAGAAUCCUGUGUCAGAAAGUAUCUUCAUGCUUGCAGGGCCUGAUUUGAAGGAGGACCUCCAGAAACUUAGAGGUUGCCGGACCGGUGAAGCAAAAUUGACCAAAGGAUUUAAUCUAGCCGCCCGGUUCAUCAUUCACACGGUGGGACCUAAAUACAAGAGCCGCUAUCGCACCGCCGCUGAGAGUUCCCUGUACAGCUGCUACAGAAACGUCCUCCAGCUGGCCAAAGAGCAGUCCAUGUCCUCUGUUGGAUUCUGUGUCAUCAACUCUGCAAAACGAGGUUACCCUUUAGAGGAUGCAACACACAUAGCACUUCGCACUGUAAGGAGAUUCCUCGAAAUUCAUGGAGAGACUCUUGAAAAAGUAGUAUUUGCUGUCUCUGAACUAGAAGAGGCUACUUACCAAAAGCUGCUACCUCUGUACUUCCCAAGGUCACUGAAGGAGGAGAGUCGUUCGUUGCCAUACCUACCUGCAGAUAUUGGCAAUGCCGAAGGGGAGCCUGUGGUACCUGAACGGCAGAUUAGAAUAAGUGAAAAACCUGGUGCCCCGGAGGAUAACCAGGAAGAAGAGGACGAAGGCUUGGGAGUUGAUCUCUCUUUCAUUGGCUCUCAUGCUUUUGCCCGAAUGGAAGGAGAUAUUGACAAGCAAAGAAGACUGAUCCUUCAGGGGCAGUUAUCAGAGGCAGCUCUGCAGAAGCAGCAUCAGAGAAAUUAUAAUCGCUGGUUGUGUCAAGCAAGAUCUGAGGAUCUAUCUGAUAUUGCUUCUCUAAAAGCCUUAUACCAAACAGGUGUGGAUAACUGUGGUCGCACGGUGAUGGUGGUAGUCGGAAGAAACAUUCCUGUAACGUUGAUAGAUAUGGACAAGGCUCUCUUAUAUUUUAUCCAUGUAAUGGACCACAUUGCUGUGAAGGAAUAUGUAUUAGUGUAUUUUCACACACUGACCAGCGAAUACAAUCACCUGGACUCAGACUUCCUGAAGAAACUCUAUGAUGUGGUUGAUGUCAAGUACAAGAGGAAUUUGAAGGCUGUUUAUUUUGUUCAUCCAACAUUUCGUUCAAAGGUAUCAACAUGGUUUUUUACCACCUUUUCUGUCUCAGGACUGAAGGACAAAAUCCACCAUGUGGACAGCCUCCACCAGCUGUUUUCUGCCAUCUCUCCAGAACAGAUUGACUUUCCUCCUUUCGUCCUUGAAUAUGAUGCCAGGGAAAAUGGGCCUUACUAUACGUCUUAUCUUCCAUCACCAGAUUUGUGACCUGCUGUCGUUCAGCGCUCCUGGUUUCUAAAGACUCCACUUUCUCCGCAGAUCCACUCCCUGUUGAAGCGAUGCUCCUUUUUGCUGUACAGCUCCAGAGAGCCUUUUGUCCCCCACCUCUCUGGUAUUUUUUUAUUGACUGUAUAUUUUCUGGCACAUAGGCAAUCUGAAAAUGGUAGGCCAUUCUGAACUGUACACUUAUUUUAAAUUUGUAUAUUUGUAUCAAAUGAAAAUGUUCACUUUUAGAGGAUUGUUAAUAGCAAUUGGGGAGCAACUUCUGAGUAUCUUCAGUUUCCUGGAAGGACACUGGGUUCUCCAUUAGACAAGCUGCAAUAUCAUUCACAUCAUCCCUCUCACGUUGCACGCCUUCUGUGUAUAUGCAAGUGUUUCUCAAAAUAUAUAGAACCAAUGUAUGCUGACCGGAUGCAUUGUUUGCUUCACAUCCUGGCAUUAACGUUUUAUAACAGAUAAUUUGGUGAGGAUAAAAGAGAAUCAUCUGGGAUCAAGGAUGUAGAAAAAAAAUGUAUCUGAUCAAAAAUGUCAGAAAUCAUUAGCAAGAUACAGGUCUUAGAUUUGACUGCACCAGUUAAGACAAAGACCUAAGGACUAAAGUUCCUGAGUUUGUAUGAUUUAAGAUUGUCCCUGUUAUGGUCUCAACAGUGAAGGAAAAACAAGAAGACUUCCUUCAGCAUUUUUGCUACCGUCAGAGGUGGUUUGGUGUCCAUGUUCAACAGGACAGCACAUAUUAGUCAUCUUAGCAGAGGGUGUCUCCUGAGAUGCCAUCAGUGAGCCUUAGAGAGAGCACGGCUUUCCCAGAGUUGUGAAUGAUUUUAUUUGGCUCUUAGGUCUACUUCCUCUGAGGAUGUUUCCUAGCAGUGUGUCUUGAGUUGCCUACGUCGAUAUGAAGGAAGUGUGUUGACAUGAACAAAGCGCCAGACCACUUUUGCAACUCAGGCCCUAUUUGUGCCUUAGCUUGACUAAAAAUUAGAAUGAUGCUAGCUACCUCACAGAGGUAUCAUGAGGAUAGCAUUCAGAAAGGGCUUUUGAUGUCUUUGGAUGAAAAAUGCUGUGCAGUGGGGUGUCUUCAGUUAGUUUUUCAAUGAGAGUAAAUAUCCUUGAGGGAGUGCUCCAGGACACUCCGCUUGUCCUUG